CCGAUUAAUUCACAAUUUUGUUUUUUCUUCCUCAGGUCGUGUGCUUGAGUUGUCAAUGAUGGCUACUUCCUUAAAACAUGAGGCUUUCCAUAAGAAUCUCGAGUGUCCUAUCUGCCUGAGCCUCUUCAAGGAACCCAAGAACCUGACCUGCUCCCAUACCUUCUGCAAGGGUUGUCUUGAGACUCUCCUGGAGUCUCGUGGAAAGCUGAUGUGUCCUACGUGCAGGGAGGAGACUUCGGUUCCUGGUGGAGACGCGGGUAGACUGCAAUCAAACAUAACAGUCAGAUCACUUGUUGAAGAUGUGGAGACCCAGGGCAAGGUCUGUACCAACAGUAAUCAAGAAAACGAAUCAUUGCAAGGAAAAUGGAACAAAUGUGGAAAACAUCCGAACUACGAUGAAGAUUUUUUUUGUCUCAACUGUCAAAAGUAUGUCUGCAGCAUGUGUGGCAUGUUAGAGCAUGAAAAGGAUGCUCAUACUAUCAUCGAAGCAGGUGAACAUGAAACUGAGCAAAAGAAUCACGUCGAGAAACUUGCAUCUAAAGUGGAUGCAAAGAUACGCAACGUUGACAAGUAUUCUACUUUCGUUGGAGACCAGCGUAAAAGGGUGCACAACAUACAGGACCAACUCAAUGGCGAAAUAGAUGCGACUUUUGUGGAAUUAGUUGAGAAAUUGAAGCAAAGAAGGACGGUGUUGAAAAAAGAAGUUGGGUACAACCUAGGGAAACUUAAGACUUCAUUAGGAGACGUGGAGAAGCUGAUUCGUAUACAGAUAGACGAGAUUAAGAAGGUUCUGUACUUGGUUAAGGAUGGUCUUAAUUUUUCUCUCCAGACAGAGGCUCUGACCGCACAUAAAGCAAUGUGUCAACAGCUGGAAGAGCUUCUAAACCAGAUUAAGCCAGAUGAGGAGCUGCCAAAAAGAACUGCUGAGGAAGGUGAAAGAAUUGGCUUCAGGAGUCAGGGAUCGGUUGGACUCCAGUUGGGCCAGCUAAGACAAAAUAAUUCUAAAUCAUGGGUUCUGCGCACGGAAGCUCCCCUGCCUGAUGGGAAAAACAUGACCGGGAUGGUAAUAUCACCAACGAAUGAAAUGGCUGUUGGUUGUGGCGAGGGAGGAAUAGUCAUAUAUUCUUCUGAGGGCAUCAUACAAGAUACCGUUCUGAAAGCUGUUAAAGUUAGUGCCUUACACUUCAUGCCUGAUGGUGGAUACGUCAUACGCGACACUGAUAACAGAAUUUCCUUGUACACAGAGAUUUGUGAAAAGCUUGAUGUAACGUUUGAGACAAUAGAAGGCGAAUAUGGCGGUCUCACUGUAGGCAAGGGUGGGAUCAUCUGCAUAGGUAACAGUGUAAGCAAGAGCAUACAGGUAUUUAAGCCAGAAGGGGGGAAGGCAAUAAGAGAGAUAACGUGUAAGGGAUUUGUACCAUGGCAGAUAGUUGCGAUGACAUCCAGUCAAGCGAUUCUCAUUACUAAUGUGUUAGACAAUGACGUACACGUGAUCAACAAUGUGUCUGGUGCUAUCAUUCAAAGAUUCAGCAAAGAUGAUUAUAUCCCUUACCCUGCUGUGUGUCAGGAUGAUUCAUUUAUCAUUGCAUGGGUUAAGCACUAUUUGGGUCUGCUGAGCAUCGACCAGUACACAAAAGAACUCAAAUACAUCAAAAACAUUCUUACUGAUUUCAAGAUAGCGAAUUCACGUGAUGGCUGUUUGCAAGCGUUCGAGACGGGUGAUAUUGCUUUUUGCACUAAUGAUAGGUUUUACAUCUUCCAUGAGACAUGGCAGUAAGUUUCAGUUUAGCAGAUGAAACGCGGAGUUGAAAAACUUACAAAACCCAACCAUUUUAGAUCGUAUUUGGUCAAAUGGAAUACAUGUAGCAUAUAGAUAUUAUCUACUCUUGCCUGGUCUCCGUUGUCACGGCUCAUAAUAGUCACCAACAUACACCAGAUAAAAACACAUAUUGAACACCUCGUUGUCUUAAUAGAGGAUAUUUGGGCACCUGCUGCCCGAAUUAUUAUUACGAGAUGAUGUUUCAUCGAAUGUCGAAACUUAUAAACUGCCAGAUGCAGUCCUUUCAGUGCCCAUGUCUUGCAAGCCUGUGCCGAAAUGUGAUUUUAAUCAAAUAGUUAGUUUAGAUUCCGCUCUUGUAUAAUGCUAUCAUAAUGUUGACUAAUUUCAUUAUGCCGUCGACAGUAGACUAUGUAACGUUUACGCUAAUGAAUUAUCUAGGCGUUGCGCUCUUUAUUGCAAAUUGCAUUUAUUUUAAAGACAGAUGUAGGUAGAUAAUCAAAACCAAAGACGAGGGGAUGGGGUAGGACACAUUUUCUAAUCGACUGAAAGCAUACAUUGCAAAUAUAAUACACCGUCAUGCAUAUUCCCGCUAUUACUGGGGAUGAACGGCUGCCUUCUUCCAAUGAUAUUUGUAAUACUGAAAAGAUUCUCUAAGUGUUCAUGGUAGUGGCAACGUAAGCAAAUUAUUGUUCUCAAAAUAUUACAAUGUAUCCGAAAACGUUUGUUAAAAAUAUGCAAGGUAUUAUAUAUAGAUAUGCAAUUUGCCCAAGUUUGUUUAUUCAAUUCAUGUAUUUGUUGUCA